UGCGCUCUCAAAAGGGCCGAGUGCGGGGCUGCGGCGGGAUCCUGCUCCGGGAGGGCCUCGAGGUGCGCGCGGGUGGCGACAGCGACUGCGCGGGCCCCACCUGCCCGGGGACAGGGACCCCGCGGGCCUGUCCGAGCCAUGGAGGGCGCGGAGCUGGCCGGGAAGGUCCUCUCCACCUGGCUGACGCUGGUGCUCGGCCUCAUCCUGCUGCCGUCGGCGCUCGGCGUGUCGCUGGGCAUCUCGGAGGCGUACAUGAGGGUCCUGGUGAAGACUCUGGAGUGGGCCACAAUACGAAUUGAAAAAGGAGCCCCGAAGGAGUCGGUUCUUAAAAACUCAGCUUCUGUCGGUAUCAUCCAAAGAGAUGAGUCACCCAUGGAGCAGGGGCUCUCUGGCCUGCCAGGAAGGGACUUUGAGCUGUCUGACGUGUUUUAUUUCUCCAAGAAGGGACUGGAAGCCAUCGUGGAAGACGAAGUGACCCAGAGGUUCUCCUCAGAGGAGCUGGUGUCAUGGAAUCUCCUCACCAGGACCAACAUAAAUUUCCACUACGUCAGCCCAAGGCUCACCCUGGUGUGGGUGCUGGGCGUCAUAGUGCGCUAUUGCGUCCUCCUGCCCCUGAGGGUUACUUUGGCUUUCAUUGGGAUCAGUUUGCUGGUUAUAGGAACCACGCUGGUUGGGCAGCUGCCAGACAGCAGCCUCAAAACCAGGCUGAGCGAGCUGGUCCACCUGACCUGCUGCCGGAUCUGCGUGCGAGCCCUGUCUGGGACCAUCCGUUACCAUAACAAGCAGUACAGACCCCAGAAGGGAGGCAUUUGUGUCGCCAACCACACCUCCCCAAUAGACGUGUUAAUCUUGACAACAGACGGAUGCUACGCAAUGGUUGGCCAGGUUCACGGUGGGUUGAUGGGAAUUAUUCAGAGAGCUAUGGUCAAGGCUUGUCCACAUGUCUGGUGACGCUCAGAAAUGAAGGAUCGACACCUGGUUACUAAGAGACUAAAAGAACAUAUCGCGGAUAAGAAGAAAUUGCCCAUAUUAAUCUUUCCCGAAGGGACCUGUAUCAACAACACGUCCGUCAUGAUGUUUAAAAAGGGGAGCUUUGAAAUCGGAGGAACCAUACACCCGGUUGCAAUUAAGUAUAACCCCCAGUUUGGAGACGCCUUUUGGAACAGCAGCAAAUACAACAUGGUGAGCUACCUGCUCCGAAUGAUGACCAGCUGGGCCAUUGUGUGCGACGUGUGGUACAUGCCCCCCAUGACCAGAGAGGAAGAAGAAGAUGCCGUCCAGUUUGCUAAUAGGGUUAAGUCUGCCAUUGCUAGACAAGGAGGAUUGACUGAGCUUCCCUGGGACGGAGGGCUGAAGAGAGCCAAGGUGAAGGACACCUUCAAGGAGGAGCAGCAGAAGAAUUACAGCAAGAUGAUCGCGGGCAACGGGGCCCUCAACUCUUUUAAGUCGGACUGACGCCCCCCUGCAGUUGAACUUGGCUUUCCGGAGCUAGCUAGCCCUUGGGAAUGGAAUGGUUUUUAUUUUUUAUUUUAUUUUAUUUUUUUUUUUGGGGGGGGAAGAUUGUUUUAUUUUAUUGUUUUGUUUUUACCGUUAAUCUUUUCUACAGAGUGAUUGUCUCUACCUCUUUAAUGCCAGAGGCAGAGCCGCCAGGUGCGCUUUGUCGUUUUGUGGUUGUCGUUGUUUGUUGUGGUUAAUGUCAGCCCCGUGAAUGACCUGCAAGGUGGUUUCCUCAGUUAAAAACAGGGAACCGCCUCUUGUGAAAUGAUCCUGUUGGUGUUGAUGGAAUGAAAUGUUUGCACAGGAAAAAAAAAAAUGCUUCUAACGUAUAUGUUUGGAACUUGUCGAUGUGGUAAUUUUCAAAAAAAAGAGAAAAAAAAAAUUACCCCAAACUCUUCUUUCCCUACUUAGCUUCCCCACGUCCUUCCAUCCGUGCAAGGGUGGGAUGCCACAUCAGCGCGAGUGAGCGCUGUGGUCAUGUUCUGCCACCAAGGUUGGAGAGAAAAGUGGAGGAUCGCCUUCAGGAGAAAGGACAGUCUUGUGGCUACUUGAUCCGAAAGUCUUCGUUAUUUUUUACUACUGCAUUGAAAGACAAAUGCUUUCUGGUAAGCUUCACCAAAGAAGAGUGAGCCGAAGUUCAUGCAUGUGUGUGCAUUUACAUGCAGGUAACAUGCAAGCAUGUUUUUAACCAACUGGGCCAGGCGGAGUGGCUCACGCCUGUCAUCCCAGCACUCUGGGAGGCCGAGACGGGAGGAUCGCUCGAGGUCAAGAGUUCGA